CUCUCUCACUCAGAACAGUGCAAGACACAGAGACCGGCGCACACGUCCUCUCCCUCCCGCACGCACUCACUCAUACGCACACGCUCGUGCACGCAGACGGCAACUUUCUUCUAUCGGACUGAUACGGCACGAGUGCAGGGAUAGACACACUCCCCCUGCUACGGUGGAGAAGAGGAUAAGCAGUGAUACAGAGAAGAGGAGGUUUCCAGGUGACGAGGAAGAUCACGCUGACGUUUCGUCUUGUCCAAGAUGGCAAACCUCGUGACAUCGCUGUGCUGCGUGGUCCUGGCCGCCGUGGUGGUGGCGUACGCUCAGAGACGCAGCCAGCUCGUUGCUAGGAACCAGUACGAGCGAAUAGGCAGUGAUGUGACCAUGCAGUGCGGCUUCCUGGACAAUGACGCGUCGGUGUCAUGGAAGGUGAACGGGACCGAUGUGAAAGACCACCACCGUCUGGAGGGUCCCAGGCUGAUACUGAGCGGAGUGGCCCUGGGCCACAGCGGACUCUACAGCUGCUUUCAGAACCCGCACGGGGAGAGGCGCGACACCAUCUACCUCCACAUCGGCCUCAUCCCUCGGGAGCCCACAGUCACCUGUCGAUCCAACACCUACCCGAAAGGCUUCUACUGCAGCUGGCACCAAGUGCAUCCGACGUACAUCCCCACCACCUUCGAGGUCGAUGUGCAACAUAACCAGCGCUCACUGGAGGUGCAGAAAGAUCCGGACCACAAGAAUCGCUGUCGUGUACGUUUCCCCGAGGUCUUCUCCAGCUUCCCCUACACAGUGAACGUGACAGCAGUCAAUGCUUUGGGAAAAGCCUCUAACACUAUUUCCUUUGAGGAGUCCAGUAUAGUUAAACCAGACCCCCCAGAGCGCGUGACAGCGACCCCCAUCCGAUUCAACGCCCGCAGGCUGGAGGUGUCCUGGCAGAGCCCGGCCACCUGGCCCGACAUCGACAACUUCCCCCUGAAGUACUUCCUUCGAUAUCGGCCUCUCAUCAAGGAGCAGUGGCAGCAUGUGGAACUAUCCGACAGCACUUCGCACAUCAUCACCGACGCCUAUGCUGGGAAGGAGUACAUCAUCCAGGUGGCUGCCAAGGACACCGAGAUCGGAACAUGGAGUGACUGGAGCGUUGCUGUGCAUGCUACACCCUGGAUCGAAGAGCAGAUUACUUCCACAACCGAAGUCGACAUUCCCACCGAGACUAAGACCUCCCCCAUCCCGUCCUCCAACGCACCACAGAAGGCCGAACGUCCCGUGGGCAGAGCUGCCAGACUCCUCACCUUUUUCUCCCCUUUGCUGUUAGGAAUGCUGCUGCUUUGCAUGUGAUCUAAAUAUCUAGGAGUUGGAGGAGGAGGAGGAGGAGGAGGAGGCUGGUCUUUUUUUCUAUUUUGCACUUGUUUCCAGGAUACAGUGCAUUGAUCAUUUCUGUCCAUCACUCAGUUACUCACGAGAUUACUUAGACAUGAAACUAGACAAUGAUAAUGCCAUUCAGCAUUUUUGAUAAAUGGAGACAAAGAAAUUACCCAGAGGAGCUUUUGAAAGGCGCUCCAUACACCACAACAACAACAACAACAACAAAAGCAGCAGUGAUAUCAGCAUAAACGGUCCUAUAAUACCCCCUUGUGGCUUUGGUCGGCCCCGGCAGACUAUGUGUUAGCGGGCAGCAGUGCGGUUUGGGAAUCUCCUCUUCACAGCAGGAAAACCGACUCUUCAGAUGACAAAAUCCGCCCCCAAAACUUUUUCGUCCUUUUCUUUAUUGAUUAUGAAUUACUGUUCACUUCCUUCUGAAAUUGCAGCACCGUACAGGCAAACACUCACACAUGAGUCGAGCAUAUUUGCGCGUGUUUGUGUGUAUAGUAACCGUAGCGGUGCCCAUACAGCUAUAUCAUCAUGCCAAAGACUCAAAUCCCCAAAUAAAAAGGUUCCCCAAGCACCUGUCAGACUGCGCCGUGGGUCAAAGCACCCAGAAAGCCGUGUUGUUUGUGCGCGGCGCUCUAGAUGCCAACUCAAACACACAAAGGAAAACUUGGGACUGGGUCUGAGGAAGCGUGCAGCUCCCGUUUUGCGUUCACCUGCGAUCCAUCAAAGAAGCCAGACAAGCACUCGAUCCGUCUCCGAAUCUGCCGACUCCAACGACUCGGGUCAGAGCGGCGGUGGUUUCGUCCCACGUGAGGACGAACAGCGAAGACUUCAGUAACAGUAGCCGGGCUAUUUAUACGUUUAGCUUUACACUCUGCUUUCCGCGACUGGCAAAGAGGACCUGGAUUGUAAAAUAAAUAAAUAAAGUGGAUUUUGAGACUGGACAGUUCUGUGCCCACCCAUUUGUUUUGGUUUAUUGGCGAAAAAGCUGGUUAUUGAAACAAAUAAAAGAUCUAUGUUGGUUUUGAAUUCUGCUCUGUGCUGUAAAAUGAAACGACACAAAACAGUUUGCUUCCCAAAUUCUGACGCCUUUACAAACAAUUAAUAAAAUGUAUUUUUUGCAGUUUCCAUUUCAAUAGCUUCUAUCACCAGUUAAUAUUAUGUUAUUCAAAUGAAUAUUGAUGUGUUUUAUUGUAUUUUUUUAUCUUAUGGACAAAUAAUACAAACACACAUAUAGGAUUUUAGUUUUUUCUUUCAGACAUUAAUAAUGGCUUAAUUCUCCUUGCUCAUAUUUUGUAAACUAUGAUAUGUAACUUUAACAUUGAACAAAAGUUUAUUAUUUAAUGAUAAUAAUAAUGUAUGUAUUAGCAGUAGAAUGUCGUAACCUGUACCUGGGGUCUUUUUUAUAGAUGUAUAUACAAUGACAGGUUUCAACCAUUAAAUGUGACCAUUUCACAAUGAA